GUUUCUUUCUUCUUGUAGGUUGAUGAUGACAGCUGAAAAUUGUGACGUGAUCUUGUGAAAGUGAAAGAAGCCAUCAUGAAUGGACAGCUUUUGAAGAAACCUAUGCCCAACGACAACUCGUGUUUGUUCACGAGUGUGUACUUCGGGAUAGCGAGUCAAGCGGAUACGAGUGCCGCCAUGGAACUUAGAAAGGUCGUAGCUGGAGAAAUCCUUGAUAAACCGGAAGAAUACAGCGAGGUCAUUCUCGGAAAACCACCGAAAGAAUACGCCGAAUGGAUAAGAAAAGAUCAAUCAUGGGGAGGUGCGAUCGAGCUGAAAAUUCUUUCCGAGUACUAUGCAACUGAAAUAGUCAUGAUCAACUCACAAUCGGGUCAUCUCACGCGUUUUGGCGAAGACCGAAGUUACGACAGAAGGAUCUUCGUUUAUUAUGACGGAAUCCACUAUGAUGCGAUCUAUUGGGAACCAUGUGAUAAUCCGCUAGGAAUCGUAACGUCAUUUCCGAGAGACGACUUAGCGAUUUUGCAGAACGCAGAAUUUAUGGCCCAAGAAGGGAAACGGAGCGGGAAUUUUACCGAUGUGGCCAAAUUCACUUUGCGAUGUCUCGUUUGUAAACAACAACUUAUUGGUCAAAAGGAAGCCGCGGAGCACGCGAAGAAGACGGGAGAAAUGGUUUUUUAUGUAACGCCUCCCGCGGGAGAGAUCAGAUUGGAGAAGUUCUACCAUGCAGCCGUUUCGCGGUUGAAUUUUCUUUUGGAUGCUUUCGCGGAAAAGUCAAACCGUGUGUCCGACAACGAAGCCCGAACUUUCGACGUCAACUGGUUGGUCGAGGGCACGUCCAAGGACUUAGUUUCUCAUUUUGUGCUCAGGCUCGUGUGCUGUGACGAUCCAGACCUUUCUGCACUACUUGUUGAAUUAGAAGCCCGGUUUUUCUCGAAGAGAGUUUCUCACUUGGAAAAGCGCAGCUUGACGAAAUUGCUGGAGAAAACCCGGGAAGAAGUCGGAUCUGUGAUCAGCUGGGAUCCCCGUUCCGGUGGAUUCGGUGAUCGACAUUAUGACUUUUAUUGCUGGGCCUACACAGCUUUGUCGUGUUUCAUUAACGCUUGGAAAUCCAACUGCAUUCCUGUAGUUCCAUUCCAAACUCUUUUAUCUUUGAUUGCUACCCGGGACGUUGUUCUCGUCAGAGGCGAAGCUUUACUUGACUCCCUGGAAAAGGAAGCGUCUGGCUUAUUAUGUUUGUUUGCCGGAUUGACCAACGUGGGAAUGUCAGUGUUGAAAAGAUCCAGGAGACGCGAGGAUCUUCGGAUAGACAGUGUUAGGCAUGAGAUCAAGCGCAUUCUGAAAAGAAGAAUGAAGCUGUGGAAUACAAGUCCAACUGUUGGACCAAUGCUGCGAAUACGUUGCGACGAUAUUGAUCAUUUCGCGAAGACGUAUUUUCCGCCCUGUAUGGAAAACUUGCAUCGCACGUUGAAACAUAAUGGAAGGAUUCAGUACACGCUUUUCCUGAAGGAAAUCGGCUUAUCCAUGGAUGAUGCGUUUGAGCUUUGGAAGCAAGAGUACUCGUUGCCGGAAAUUUCCUGCUCCUCAAAUGCAAGAAAUAAGUCUUUAAAUUUAUGUGGACAUUCGUGGCAAUUGAACUCUCGAAAAUACGUUGGAAGCAUCCGAGGACUCUACGGAAAAACUGGACGUUGUGUGGAUUAUUCGGCGCACUCGUGUACCUCUCUGCAACAGUUGAUCAUGUCGGGUUCCGAAGUUGGUGGGUGUCCAUUUGUGCAUUCUGAUGACCCGGAGUUGUGCAAAUUCUUGACUAACGAGUUCGGCGAUGCUGUGUCGCCUUCUGCUGCUUGUGCGACUUGCUUGUCAGGAAAGUUGCUUGAUAUUGAAGAAACGUGGCCUUCGCAGAAAAAAGCUGCGCGCGUUCCGAAUUGUGAUAAUUUUUCGUUUAAAAAACCUAGUCAGUUUUACGGUUUGUUGCGGAGAUUGGACAAUGGGCAGUAAAUGCGUAAUUAAGCAUUAAAA